GCAUAGACACAUUUGUUUUUCCUGAAAAUGAAAUGACUUUUGAAUGGAUAAAUAGUUGGAUUGAAUUUGGAUAUUAUUAUAGGUGCAUGUGGAUUCAUUUUUGUAUGACGAUGAUGACUUGGAUCAACUCAUUGACCAGGGUAUCAUCAGCCAGUAUUAUUGUGUGCAAUGCCGUUCCAGAGAUAUCAAACCUUUAACAUACAUUUCUCAUUCUUUUAGUCUGCGGUACAUUUUCACUGUGCUUGUACCACUGAACGAACGUAUGAAGGACAGAUUGAUUGUUGAUAUUGGCUCGAGGUUGGGUGUCGUUCUUUAUGCAGUCAAUGCUUACGGAAGAGGACAAGUGAAAGCCAUUGGGAUCGAAAUGAAUGAAGAUUUUUGUGCGUUGCAGAGGAGAGCGAUCCAAGCGAACGGGAUGGAGGCGAAUAUAUCGGUAGGCACUGCUCAGUACAACAGUUCAGCGCCAUUGCACUGCCUUUCCCAACUCUCAGCCGGCUUUUGUAUUGUGGAUUUUCCAACUUCCGCCUUCGGUCUCAGCCAAAUGGUUUUGGGUUUGCCCGUAUUUUUCAAAUUUUCCAUCUCUCUGUUGUGA